AUAGAAACGGUAACAGUCAUAAUGUCGAGCGAAGUGCAAGAAGACACAUUUUUGAAAUUGUGUAAAGAAGACGUUGGGAAUUUAAAGACAUUCUAUUUAAGUGCUUCUCUGACGGCUGCAGCGGAUUCAUGGAAGAACAAAUCUCUCGUUGCGUCUCCUAAUCUAGGCAGAAUGUUAAAACAAACAAGCAAAGUCUCUCCUAAAGAUGUGUCUAUGGAACCAAAUUCUAUAACACGCAUGUUGGAUGAUUUCAAAGAAGUUAAAUUACAACAAUUAAGUUACCACUCGAGUCCUUUUUGGGCCACGAAAGUAGACACUAAAAAUUCGAUCCCUGAAGAGACUUUAACACUGAAACAAGUUACUGUAGUUUCAAGAAGUAAUUAUGUAACGAACAAAGCUUUAGUGUUUGAUAGAGAAACAAUUGCAUCCCCAAAAGUGACUUUGAAAGAUCAUGCGAAAUAUUCACCAGAUAAUGUUAAGUUCGCUGUAUCUGAACAUAAGGUGUACAAACUGCGGUUACCACCCAGCUACAGUGGGAGUAAGAUGUUUAUGCGUACAGGCGAACAAGUUUUUUGGCUCGGUGAGACCCGGCCAUCGUCGUUCGGUCCAGCGACUUAUCAGGACUUCAAGGAGAUUAGGUCGCGGUGUAUAGCCGACGGGAGACUGUUCGAAGACCCCGAGUUCCCUGCCAUAGACCGCAGUCUGUACUACAAGGAGCGUCUCGACAGACCCAUUACUUGGUUACGGCCUAGUGAAAUAUGCGAGGAUCCGCAACUAUUUGUGGAGGGUUACAGUCGCUUCGACGUGCAACAAGGCGAGCUCGGCGAUUGUUGGCUGCUCGCUGCGGUCGCGAAUCUCACGCUGCACAGGAAGUGGUAUGAUAGGGCUGAUAUACUUGAAGAAGGAGUGUUCUGGCAGUACGGCCGAUGGGUGGACGUGGUCAUCGACGACCGUCUGCCGACCUACAGGGGCAAGUUGGUUUUCCUCCACUCCUCGGAGAGGAACGAGUUCUGGAGCGCGCUGCUGGAAAAAGCGUAUGCCAAGUUGCAUGGGUCGUACGAAGCACUUAAAGGCGGAUCGACAUGCGAGGCGAUGGAAGACUUCACUGGCGGCGUCACGGAAAUGUAUGACAUGACGGAAUUACCUCCCAACUUCUACACCAUCCUGCUGAAGGCUUACGAGAGGAAUUCUCUUAUGGGGUGCAGUAUAGAGCCAGAUCCGCAUAUUUUGGAGGCGGAGACGCCGGCGGGAUUGAUCCGCGGGCAUGCGUACUCAGUGACGAGGGUCAAGUACGUGGACAUCGAGACGCCGGGUCGCGCCGGCAAGAUCCCGCUGCUGCGCCUGCGCAAUCCCUGGGGCAACGAGGCCGAGUGGAAUGGACCCUGGAGCGACAAAUCUCCGGAGUGGCGGUUCAUACCAGAGUCUGAAAAGGAAGAACUGGGUCUCACUUUUGAUGACGACGGCGAAUUUUGGAUGUCAUUCAAGGAUUUCGUUAACCACUUUUCAAGAGUAGAGAUUUGUAACUUGAACCCUGACUCGUUGGAUCCGGAAGAGUGCCCAGAAGGUUGCACCAAGAAGUGGGAAAUGUCUGUGUUCGAAGGAGAAUGGGUCAGAGGCGUGACGGCGGGCGGUUGCAGGAACUACCUGGACACGUUCUGGCGGAACCCGCAGUACACGGUCACCCUCACAGACGUCGAUGAAGGGGACGACGAGAACAAGUGUACGAUAAUCGUGGCCCUGAUGCAAAAGAACAGGCGGUCGCAGCGACACCAGGGGCUCGAGUGCCUCACGAUAGGGUUCGCGGUGUACCGACUGCCUGAUUACGGCCACGUGCCGAAGCCUCUCGACCUCAACUUCUUUAAAUACAACGCGUCCGUCGGCCGCUCGCAAGCGUUCAUCAAUCUCAGGGAGGUCAGCGCUAGGUUCAAAUUCGAGCCGGGCACAUAUGUGAUAGUGCCGUCCACGUUCGAGCCGGACGAAGAGGGAGAAUUCCUGGUUCGUGUGUUCUCAGAAAAGUGCAACAAUAUGGCUGAAAACGACGAGGAUGUUGGAAUGGGUGAAGUGGAUGAUAGGGUGAAGGACGUAUUACCGGCGGAUCCCACGCCAGCGGACCCGGUGCGAGAUUUCUUCACGCGACUGGCAGGCAGCGACGGGGAGGUCGACUGGCGCGAACUGAAGGAGAUACUCGACUACGCCAUGAGGGAAGAGAUGGCAAUGCGGCGUGGAGGAGCGUACGACGGUGGCGGGGCUGGCGGGGGCGGCGGGGGAGGGGGGAUGGUCGGCUCCCCCCCGCAGGAGCAGAGCUGCCUGGAGCAGCUGCUGUGCGCACUGUGCACGCCCAUCUGCAAGGAGCUGGGCGUGGACCUGCAGCAAGUGCAGCAGCAGGGCGCCGAGCAAGUGCAUCUGACGCAGCCGCAGCCGCAAGAAUUAAAAGGACAAGGCUUCUCAGAAGACGUAUGCAGAAGUAUGGUAUCAAUGCUUGACAAGGAUAAUUCAGGUGGGCUUGGAUUUGAAGAGUUCAAAGAGCUGUGGAUCGAUCUGCGUAAAUGGAGGGAGGUGUUCCGGUUAUACGACACGGAGGGCCGCGGCGGCAUUCCUGCGUACCACCUGCGUGACGCACUGCACUCGGCCGGAUACACUGUCAAUGCGCAUAUACUCAACGUGCUCGCUCACAGAUACGGAUCCUCUGACGGUUAUAUCCACUUUGACAACUUCAUCAUGUGCGCUGUGCGGCUCAAGACCAUGAUAGGCAUCUUCAACUCGAGAUCUUCGGGCGGGGGCUACGCCACAUUCUCGAUGGAUGACUGGCUGAAUCGCACAGUUUACUAGAUCUAACAAAUGUCUAAAUGUCUUAUAGUUGAUAAGCUGAAGGCUGAUAUACAAACUUCCAGUCCAAUAUGUUGAUUGUUGUGACAUACGUCAGAUAUAUAAUAUAGUCUCUUAAUAUGUGUAAAUACGUAUAUAAAGCCUAAAAUGUAUAUCAAAUAUAUUAAAAGAUAUUACACCGAGAUUCGUUUCUAACUAUUGCAUCGAGGAAAUCAGAAUCUGAAGGUGGAUUUAGAACGAGCAAAGAGCUAAUCCAUGUUCUUCCCAAUUUUUCUUCUAAUUGUAUAAAGUCUUCUAAUAGUAUUAUUUUGUUGUCCAACUGCGUUCGCAAAUAAUUUUUUACCUAGUUCUAUGUUCCUGCUCGUAUUCUAUGCACUUUGUUACGUUCAAUUCCAUCUUUACACGUAAGCUUUAAGUGGAAUCAACGAUCUUGUUAAUAUAUUGUGUUUAUAACGUUAUUGUAAACAUAUUGUAAAAUUAAGAGACCCCAUACAAUGCAACAAUUAUAAAGAAUUUUGAAUUAAUCUUUGCAAGUCACAAAAAUUUAAUUUUUACAAAUUUCUUACGGGUAUGUUAAUUUAUAAAUUUAACAAAUUUUCAAUUACUAAAAAGUAUUUUUCUAAAUUAACAUUAUUGCAUCAUGUAGCAUUUUUAAUGAUUAAUUAUAAGAAAUAUAUUAUUAUAUACACGUUGUAUAUAAUAACUGAUGAAACCUGCCCAGGUUACAGAAUGCCAACAGUAUUUUUUUUUUAUCCACCGACACGGUCCAUUCCAAGAAGGCCUUUGGGCCAAAAUGAACAACUGGGCCAAAGUGACCAACGGAGGUCAAAUCGGUCAGUUGGCCUAAAGGUCACCCCACCCAUGUUAAUUUAGUCACUGUGCGAUUCUAGCUGUAAUUUUUACGUGCUUUCUUAUUUCUCUUGAAAUAUCUCACUCGUAUUUUUGUAUUUAUUAUUAAAAAAAUAUAUAAAGAUUAUCUAUGUACCUUAUCAUUGAAAUUCUCGCAUUUUUAUGUGCAUUCACAAUUUAUUUUUAUUUGCAAUUUAUUUAUCAAAGUAUAACUUAUGUUUUUUUUUUAAUAAAGUAUGUUUUCAUGUA